CAGCUCUAUUGACUUGAGUUGGCUUGGCGCAGUUUAAUAUAAUUAUUUAACUCGAUUAUUUAAAUAAAACCAGUAUGAAAUAUAAAGGAUUAUUAUGUUUCAUGAUAUUACUUACUUACUACCAGGGCGAGGCCCAAACUCGGGCAAAAGGAUUGGAAGAGAAGGUGCAGCAGUUGACGGAUAUGACGGCAAAGCGGUCUAUUAUUUCUUUGAACGUUAACAAGUUUAAGGACUACGUGAGAUCGCCUCCGAGGGAUUAUUCUUUCAUAGUGAUGUUCACUGCUAUGGCACCUUCGAGACGCUGCGCGAUCUGCCAGCACGUUUACGACGAGUUCAUGAUCGUCGCCAAUUCCUUCAGGUUCUCCCCGUCCUACAAUAACAAACUGUUCUUUGGAAUGGUUGAUUUUGAUGAAGGAUCUGAUAUUUUCCAAAUGUUACGGCUCAACACAGCUCCAGUUAUUAUGCACUUCCCCGCCAAGGGGAAACCUAAACCUGCCGACUCCAUGGACUUUGAGAGGGCAGGCAUUCAUGCUGAGGCUAUUUCCAAGUGGAUCCAAGACAGGACUGAUGUUCAGAUCCGGAUAUUCCGUCCACCAAACUACUCUGGAGCUGUUGCAUUCCUCAUGUUGUUCGUCUUAGUAGCUGGUUUCCUGUACCUCAGACGGAACAACCUUGAGUUCCUGUACAACAAACAGAUGUGGGCUGUCGCUGCUGUGUUCUUCUGUUUCGCCAUGGUGUCCGGUCAGAUGUGGAACCAGAUAAGAGGCCCUCCAUUCUUCCAUAGGAGUAAGAACGGACCGGUCUACAUUAAUGGCGGAUCACAUGGGCAGUUUGUGUUGGAGAGCUAUAUUGUAGCUAUUUUAAAUGCUGCAGUAGUAGUGGGCAUGAUUCUUAUGAUAGAGGCGGCGGGAGGAGUGAAGAGUGCAGAACCAGUGCGCAGCGCCGCAGAGGGAAAGAGACGGCGCUUCCAAUCUGUCGUCGGGCUUGUACUAGUGUGCGUGUUCUUCUCUCUACUACUAUCAGUGUUUAGAGCGAAGACCCAGGGAUAUCCCUACAGUUUUCUAUUCAAGUAAGAAGGCUGUUAAAUAACAUAAGUCAAUUGCAAUAAUACGAGUGAAGUUAUUUUUAUCCAACACUUUAUUUAUUUAAGUAUGUUAUGUACACAUUUGGACAGUGCAGUGGCGUGAUGAAAUAUAGUGUAUUAA